GAUCGUGGCCUCGCGGAGAGGAAGAAAAACCUGAACGGCCCGGCGGCUCUAUUAUUCCCGUCUGAGCAGUCGUGGCAGGCGCUGUACGCCGUUUAGUCGCAGUGCACCGGUCUUCUGGAACGUUUCUACAGCGCUGUCAUGGCUGUGCAGCUGAUGCGGUUGUCCCGUGAUCACUGAGCGACGGUCACUCUACGUGGGACAGUGCGUGCCGGCACUGGCAGUGUUAGCGCUUGCGUGCGUUUUCUGUUCGUGAUUCGCAGAGUACCUUGUGCGGACGUCGAGCACGCCUGCUUUGCAGCUCUGCGUUCGCAAGCCGCCGACCGAGCCAGGGUUUUACACCGCACUGCACUUGGAUUUCCGAGCCCGACUGGAGUAAUUUUUGUGUGUGUUCACCGGAAAUCAACGUCAGCGCUUCGCCUGUGUCUGGCUGUCGCGAUCUUGCAGAGACAUGGAGAAGAGCGUCGCCGUCCCGCAGGGCUUCCUCAGCGAGGCCACGGCUCCGGUCAAAGUCACCGUGAGGACCGACAGUGUCGCUGACCACUACAACGUCGAGCCUCGGCCCUUCGCAAGGGGCAAGUUCGCGACGGUGCGUCGCUGCGUUCACCGCGAGUCCGGCCGGGACUUCGCGGCCAAGUACAUCCGCAAGCGCCGGCGUGCCUCGGAUGUGCGCCACGAGAUCGUCCACGAGGCACUCGUGCUCAAGAUGGCCGAGCCCUGCUCGCGCGUCGUCGACGUCAGGGAGGUCUUCGAGACGCCCUCCGAGCUCAUCCUCAUCCUCGAGCUGGCUGCCGGCGGUGAGCUUCAGCACGUGCUGGACAGCGAGGAGUGUCUCCCAGAGAAGGACGUUGUACGGCUCAUGCGCCAGAUCCUCGAAGCAGUCCAGUUUCUACACGAACGGAACAUCGCCCAUCUCGACAUCAAGCCCCAGAACCUGCUGCUGACGUCAUCGUUCCCGCAGGGAGACAUCCUGCUCUGCGACUUCGGCAUCUCCCGAGUCAUCGGCAAGGGCACCGAGAUCCGCGAGAUCGUCGGCACUCCGGAUUACGUCGCUCCAGAGAUUCUGCAAUACGAGCCAAUCUCCCUUGCCACAGACAUCUGGAGCUUGGGUGUGCUGACAUAUGUGCUGCUGUCAGGCCACUCCCCUUUUGGUGGGGAGACAAAGCAGGAGACCUUCUGCAACAUCACGAAUGGCAGCCUUGAUUUCCCAGAGGAUCUAUUUGGAGACGUGUCCAACUCUGCCAAGGAUUUCAUUGGCCGCCUCAUUGUCCGUGAUGCAAGCAAGCGGCUCAGUGUGAAGGAAUGCCUGAGUCACCCCUGGCUGGCUGUUGUGAAAACCUCCACGGCGUCAUCACCUCCCAAGGCAGUCUGCCAGCUGCAGGCCCUGGCCACUGGCUCAGCCUUUGGCUCGGUAAGCUCAGAUUCAUCCGCAUCCGAAGACAGCGAUGUCUCGCCAGCGGCCAAACCAGCUCUGCCCCCAUCCACACCACCAACCCUUCGCCCAAGCAUGCCUUUGGCUUCAGGCUCAGCCUUUGGCUCAGCGAGUUCAGACUCAUCCGCAUCUGAAGACAGCGAUGAGGCACCAACUGCCAAGCCAGCUCUCCCCUCGUCCACACCGCCAAACCUUCGCCCGUGCAAGCCUCUAGCUUCUGGCUCAGCCUUUGGCUCGGCGAGCUCAGAUUCGUCUGCAUCUGAAGAUAGUGAUGAUGCACCAGCUUCCAAGCCAGCUCUCCCUACAUCCACACCACCGACUCUACGACCGAGCAUUCGCUUCUACCACGAUGUUGACGACGAUGACGACAGCGAUCUCAUCCAGCCUCCACCUUUGCCACUUUCACCACCUCCCAAGAUCUCUAGCCCUUGCAAGACAAUCCUCAUGGAUCGUACCAAUGGAGCCAUUGCAACUACCCUCCCCAAGAAGCCACAGACAAGCACCCUUCAAAUUACUGUGCCCCCACGCUUCAAGAGGCACAGGACACAGAGUGCCACCUCGGUUACCACAACUGAGCGCCGAGGUGCCUCCAUUCGUCAUGUUCAGGAGGUGGAGUCCGUCAUGGUUGAACUGGAUGGGCUCUCCCUUAACGGCAAGCGCCUCAUCUUCACUGAUGAAAUCAUCGUCGAUGAACGGGUGGGCAUCGUCUACUGAACUCUUUUUGUCCAGGUGUGGAGAUGGCCAUGGGGCUUUCUUGCCUGGCCUCUCAUCGUUUCCGGUAGCACGCAUGUUUUCUUUCACCCAGUGAACCCCCAUCCCGUGAGUAUGCCGAGACUGUGGACAUUGGGUUAGACUUGGGAUGUCGCUUAAGUUAUUAUUGUGGUCCCGUCGGUGUGUUUGUUCAUGUGGGAUAAAAGAGCUGUGAGCCCAUGCCACUUGCAUCCUCCCGCGAGCCCCUUCAUGUGUGUGUGUAUGUGUGGCACAUCUUGCAAUGUGGUGAUCUCUUUAGUGGCAUCAAAGCUUAGAGCCGUUUAUGAGCACCACCGUUGUAGUUGCUCGGCACAGAGGAAGUCCGCAAGUGCCUGACGGUGCCUUGAUAGUUGAGAAAGCAAUGUACAAAGUUGUCUUCCUCUAUGCCUGGUGUACAAAUGCGUGUUUGCUGAGCUUUUUUUUUUUUCCAUUUGGUGUAUGCCAAUACCACUGCUUGGGAUAGACGUGUACCAAAGUCAUGACUGCUGCAUACCUGUAAAUAAGUGCCUGUGUCUUUUCUUUUUUUUUUCCUGCUGCUUUUUGUUUUAUUUCUCAGACCAAAUGCAGUGUUGAGUAUUAUGUCUAGAGCAGCCAUUGCAGGGUGCACCAGUGUGUCCAGGUUUGCUGGAAGCAGUGCAUUGUCCGCAACUGAACGUGCUCAGCUGCAUUAAACCAUUUCAAACUGGACGCACAUGUCUUGCAGGUUUUCGUGAGCUUUCAGUGCUGGGAAGUGUGCUGAACCAUUCAUAAAGCUUCUAGUCUUCCCGGGUAAAAAAAAAAGAAAGAAUAAGCUUAUUUGUUGAGUCGCAGUGGUGGUGGUUUAAUUCUGUUUGUAGAGUGAAUUAUAAUAGUGUUUCCUCUCCGUUUUUGUUUCAUCUUCCUUUAUGCUGAUGCUUGGUCACCUCUGCAAGUCAAGCAGAGGAAGCACAUUGUUAUUCUUUGUUUCGUGUGUUGGCUGGGGGAAUUUAUUCUACUGCAGGGUAUAUGUCUCUGUACUGAAGGGCAGCUAGCUUUGUAUGCAAAUGUUUGGUGCCUUCGACAACUUAUUUCCUCCUUCUGGGUUUCUUUCCUAUAGAUUCUAUGUCACUUAUUCUAUUUUUAUUUUUGUGCAAUUACUUUUCAUGUGGAGCACAGGUUUUACACAACACCUGGAAUCAUAUAUAUUAGUUAGUCAUAGCUCAGAAUUUUAUUAUCUGUAACUGUAUCAAAGUGGCAAAAGUAAGUUGACCAGAAUAUUUUUUAUUUUAGACUAGUUAAUUUACCUAUUCUUUUACCUUUAAUACUUCACUUGGGUCUUCUAAAUGUGGAAAUCUUACCUGAAUUUAUAUUGACACAUAGCAAAAUACCCAAUUCAUAAAUCAAUUGAAAUUACACAGUCGCAGCUCACAUUGGACCGUGAAUAAUGUGCUAACAUGGGGUAUUUCUCUCGUAGUUCUGUAAUUGUUUACAUUGGCUCACUGUAUCAGUCAGCUCACUGUAUAUAUGUACAUUUUUUUCAACUUCUUCAGAGAGUGGAAUAUUGUAUUGUUUUCUUAUGAUCUGCCUCUACAACAUUCAUCUAGAUUUUUUUUUUUCUUCUGGCAGGCAUGUGACUUGACUGAAAUAGAAUAGUCACUGAUAAGUGCAGCCAUUGUUUUGUUUUCUUUUAUUUAUUCAUUUGAAGAAGCCAAUUUUCUUGACAUGUGCAUGUGUGCAUUGCUUGCUUUUUGCCAAGCUCAUUGUUAUUUGCCCAGAUUUUGUGAACAAUCAAAGCUGCAGGUGGUCAUCGAGAGAAGGUAGCGAAAAGGCCAAAUAAAGAGCGAGAUAUAUUUUGAGACAGCAGUCGAUCCUGUGAUCUACAUCCCUGCAUAUACUGCCAUCACGAUGUGCCUCUCUGUAUGUAGCAGUGGCUCGCAGUGAAACAAUAAAUGACGCAGCAACAAGA